AAGGGAUUAAACUAAAAAUCUUUGAUUCACAGUCUCUCAUAAAAAAGGCCAUUAGAGAAACAACCUACUACUUUGAUGCUAUCAUGGAAGGAGGAGGCAGUGAUGAUCAUCAACUCCACCACCACCACCACCACCGCCAUAACUUUCCAUUCCAACUACUUGAAAAGAAAGAAGAAGAACAACCAUGUUCAUCUUCUUCACCUUAUCCUUCACUUCCUAUCUCUACCAGUACUCCUCAUCAUCAUGAACUUAACUCAAACUCAAACACAAACACAAACACAAACACAAACACAAACACAACUACUUCAACAACAAACCGUUCCAUUCCUACUCUUCAAAUCUCUCCCGAAACUUCCAAGAAACCUCCUCCUAAAAGAACCUCUACUAAAGAUAGACACACCAAGGUUGAUGGACGUGGCCGCAGAAUUCGCAUGCCUGCUCUCUGUGCAGCUAGGGUUUUUCAGCUUACUCGUGAGCUUGGUCACAAAUCUGACGGUGAAACCAUCGAGUGGUUGCUUCAACAAGCCGAGCCUGCAGUGAUCGCCGCCACGGGCACUGGCACAAUCCCUGCUAACUUCACGUCGCUUAAUAUUUCACUACGUAGCUCCGGCUCCAGCAUGUCAGUUCCAUCUCAGUUAAGAUCUGUAAACUACAACUCAAACUUCUCUAUGCAACAACGUCGGAGUUUGUUUCCUGGUAUUGGUCUCGACAACACCACACCAACAUUUCUCAAUUUUCAGUCUAACAAUUUGAAUGCUAUGUUGCAAGCCAAGCAAGAAUUGCGAGAUAAUAAUAAUAGUAAUUCCUUGGAGUUAUCAGAGGCGGAGGAGAGUUUAGGGAGAAAGAGAAGGCCCGAACAAGAGCUAUCACCACAGCAUCAAAUGGGGAAUUACUUGUUGCAGUCAAGUACUGGUGCGAUUCCGGCAAGUCAUGGUCAUGGACAUGGUCAAAUUCCGGCUAAUUUUUGGAUGGUUGCAAAUUCGAAUAAUCCAGUGAUGAGCGGUGACCCAGUAUGGACAUUUCCUUCAGUUAAUAAUAGCGCUUUGUAUAGAGGCACUAUGUCAAGUGGGUUACAUUUUAUGAAUUUUUCAACCCCUUUGGCCUUAUUGCCUAGUCAACAAUUAGGGUCAAGUAUUAGCAGCGGUGGCGGAGGUGGAGGUAGUGGGCAUAUGAAUGAAGGGCAGUUGAAUAUGUUAGCCGGAUUAAAUCCAUAUAGACCAAUUUCCGGCACCGGAAUAUCAGAAUCGCAAGCAAGUGGAUCACAUUCACAUCACGGUGGUGGAGAUGAUCGGCCCGAUACAACAAGUCAUCACUCAUAAUAACAAAGAUCAACCCUUUUAAUUACUUUGUGUGUAGUUUGAUCGAUGUGUAACACACGUGAGGUUUGAUUGCCCGAGUUUUUAUUAUUCCAAAUUUUUU